AAUGGCCCGAGUCAGCCAGUUUGCGACCUCCACCAGCGUCCGGCCUCGCCAUCGUGAUCCUCGCGGUAGUCUGCGCGUUGUCGCUAUCGCUGCUGCUCUGCGUCUCUCGGCCUCUCUUCUUCUUCUCCUCUCCAUCCGCCAAGUACGACCGCGUGAGUCGAGCAAGCAAGCAAACAAGUGGAAAUCAAGUAGGACGACGGCCCGAGCAAACUCUAUUGAUUCCACUGUGCAAGGUCCGCAUGCACGCAAGCAAAUAAACAAACAAACAAACACCAAAACCGAAACCCGCCGCCGCCGCACUCCCCGUCUGACCAGCAACACAUUCAUUCACUCAUGCACUCAUCCAUUCAAUCCAAACUCACACCUACAACCUCCAUGCCGCUACUGCAACUCUAACCCUGCCGCGUCCGCAUCCCAUUUGACAUACUUAUACCUCCAGCACAGCAUUGAAACCCUCUCUCAAACACUUGCAUGUCAUGCCAGCCUUGACACGCUGUCGUGGGGGAAAGGAUGAUCCCCCUAUUCCAAUAUCCACAUGCUAUACAUAACCGCAGCAUCUAACAGUAUGAUCCACGCCGUGUGCCGCCGCAUCAGGCGCGGACCAGCACCCGCUUGGCUGGCUGCACGACACCUGUGCCUACGCAUGUACCGUGUAGAUGAGGCAUAGGUACCCUGUGCAUGUCUUCCCGGCUGCUCGGCUCACCGUCCGGUCGCAGUGUCCCGCUCCCUUUGCUGAAACAUGGCCACUCGUCUGCACUGGCUCACCACCACCCUCUCUGCCAUCCCUCAACACCAUUAUCCAGCUUGAGGCCAUCGUGGCCUGUCUCUCUCUCUGUCUUUCUUUUUUUGAGCGUCACGUGAUGCAGUCAUCUCCCGUUGGGCUGCCAACAUUCCGAUGAACCUUCUCACCACGCCAAAUUAAAAUGAAGAGAACGCGACACUCACCCCUCCCCCUCUAAUCCGCUCUUUCUUUUAACCCAACAAACAAACAAAAAAGAAGGCAUGCAAUCAUUUGUAUUCCCGUAUCGCGCAAAAAAAGCGUCUCCAAUAGCAAUCCACAGCCUAGCCUAGCCUCUCCUCUCUCUCUCUCUCUCUCUGCGCAAAGAAGCAAGCAAAAUCCCGCAAAUUGCCGAACCACCUUGCAUCUAUAACCCCCACUCCCUUCUGCCUCGGAAACCACCGGAACCCCCCACCUCGCCCUCGUCCGGAAAAACAAAUCCUCCGCAGCCUACACCUGUUAUCUGUCUAUGUAUCUACACGAAACAAAAACUACAAGGCGUAUGCCUUACUAAUUAGCGGUGCCUGCGUUAUCUUUCUUUUCUCUAGUAGUAUGUAUGUGCGGCGUGCCACGUAUGGGUACACGUAACUACGGUCUAGCGAUUUGUAUAGUCUUGUGUAUAUGAACUAGAUGCUUGACUAAGCUGCGUUUGGCUUGGGGACUAGGUGAUUGGUUUAGUGCAGGGUAGAGUAGAGUAGAGUGACUUUUAGUAGGUAAGUGUGUGUUUUUAUAAUCUUGAAAACCUAAUUAAACUGAAUUGAAUUGGAUUAGAUUGACACUAGGAACAUGUUAAGAGUAGAGUAGUUCUUCCGUUUACGUCUACAUCUCGCUCUCUGAGCGGACUGGCCUUGUAUCUCUAUUCCCAGCCGGCGACAACAACACCCCCAAACCAUCACCACUACUACUCUCUUCCUCCUCCCUAUUACUACAACUACCACUAUCCCUCCUCCCCCGUCCAGUAGGCCCCCUAACCACCCUCAGCCCUUUCCUCCCUCCCCAUGUUCGCGGGGUGCACAUCCUUGCAACAAGACAACAUGCGGAGAAACUAUGCACAAAACAAGGAGACAAGAACCACAAUCAACAAAGACGUUUGAGCAGUUUCCCUGUAUCACAUCAUCUCAUCUCAUCUCAUCUCGC